CAAAGGUAAAUUUAUUCUUAGGACUUAGAUGUGAAAUUCAAAUAUAAUACAAUAUGUUUAUAAAUAAAUUGCAAUGUAUGCUUUACAGUCAAAUUCAUCAUGAAAGAGUCUCUUACCUGUCCCACGUCUUUUAAAAAUUUGGGUUGGGGUUCAUUAUUCUUCAGCAAAAGGGUUACGUUUUCCAUUGAGGUUUUAAUUCCAAUAUUUGAUCUUUUUUAUAUUAAGUUGGCAGUUACUUACAACAAAUUAAUUUCUCCUUUUUUAUUCUUUUACAAUAGACUUCAGUACAGCCAGAGGUCAAGGCUGCUGUUAAUGAGGCUGACCCACCUUCUCCCAUUGUUGAGACUGGACUCGGUGAGGUACAGACUGAGGUCACCGCUGGAGCUUCCCUGGGUGAAGACGUCCCUCCCAGAUGUUCCUCCUUGGCUGAUGAGUCACAUCCCACCCCAGCCUCCACUGGCGGAUCCACCCCAACCUCUGAUGACGGACCUACCCCACAUGCUGAGAUUCCUCUCAACUCUUCUUCUGACGAGCCUAGAGCUGCAACUGACAGGGUGACUGAUGGCAAGCUGCCAGAGACAGAAAGUUUGGUGGAGGACAAGACAGGAAGGGAUGGCUGUACGGAGAUACAGCUGACCAGAGCUAAGGAGCGACCUACCCGCAAACGUAAGAGGCCAGAACAACCAUUCAUGACUUCAAAGAGACAGAAGACUGCUUUG